GGGUAGGAAAAAAAGAUGAAACAAAGGUUAAUUUGUCUGAAUCCUUUCAAUGCAGAUCUGGAUCUCUCUGUUGGUAAAACUGGGGAGCAACCUAUUCACAGAGUUUUUGUUGAUCCUGGGGGAAGCCACUGUAUAGCUACUGUUCUUAGUAGUGGGGGUGCUGAGACAUAUUAUACACAUGCAAAGUGGAGUAAGCCCCGCGUGUUGAGCAGAUUUAAAGGACUUGUGGUGAAUGCUGUUGCGUGGAACAAACAACAGAUUACAGAAGCUUCCACACGUGAAGUUGUUCUUGGUACUGAUAAUGGCCAGCUUUAUGAGAUUGCCGUUGAUGAGAAGGACAAGAAAGAGAAGUACAUGAAGUUGUUAUUUGAGCUUACUGAGCUCCCAGAAGCCUUCAUGGGUUUGCAGAUGGAAACAGCUAGUUUAGGUAAUGCAACCAGAUAUUAUGUGAUGGCUACUACUCCUACUCGACUUUACUCUUUCACUGGUAUUGGAUCUUUGGAUACUGUCUUUGCUAGUUAUGCAGAUCGAGCAGUGCGCUUUAUGGAACUUCCUGGUGAAAUACCAAAUAGUGAACUGCAUUUCUUCAUCAAGCAAAGAAGGGCUGAACAUUUUGCCUGGCUUUCGGGGGCUGGUAUUUAUCAUGGUGAUCUAAACUUUGGAGCACAGCAUAGUUCUGCUGAUGGAGAUGAAAACUUUGUGGAGAACAAGGCUCUAUUAGACUACUCAAAAUUGGGUGAAGGUUCUGAAGCAGUUAAACCUAGAUCUCUUGCAGUUUCUGAAUUUCAUUUUCUACUUUUAAUUGGGGAUAAGGUUAAGGUUGUCAAUAGAAUUAGUGAACAGAUUAUGGAGGACCUACAGUUUGAUCAUGCAUCAGAGUCAGUAUCUAGAGGCAUCAUUGGACUCUGCAGUGAUGCUACUGCUGGAUUGUUCUAUGCAUAUGACCAAAACUCCAUAUUCCAGGUAUCCGUCCAUGAUGAAGGCCGAGAUAUGUGGCGUGUGUAUCUGGACAUGAACGAGUAUGCUGCAGCCUUAGCACACUGCCGGGACCCAUUCCAAAGAGACCAAGUAUAUUUAGUGCAGGCUGAAGCUGCUUUCUCUGCAAAAGAUUUCUUUAGAGCAGCAUCAUUUUUUGCAAAAAUUAACUAUAUAUUGUCAUUUGAAGAGAUCACUCUUAAGUUUAUCAGUGUGGGAGAACAGGAUGCAUUGAGAACUUUCUUACUAAGGAAGCUUGAUAAUCUUGCUAAGGAUGAUAAAUGCCAAAUCACAAUGAUUUCCACUUGGGCUACUGAGUUGUACUUGGACAAGAUCAACCGACUGCUUUUGGAGGAUGACACAGCUUCACGGAAUCAGAAUCUAGAGUACCAAUCUGUCAUUCAGGAGUUCCGUGCUUUCCUAAGUGACUGCAAGGAUGUACUUGAUGAUGCAACAACAAUGAGACUAUUAGAGAGCUAUGGUAGAGUGGAUGAGCUGGUCUAUUUUGCUAGUCUGAAGGAGCAUUAUGAGAUAGUUGUUCAUCAUUACAUUCAGCAAGGGGAAGCGAAGAAGGCUCUGGAAGUGCUUCAAAAGCCUGGUGUUCCCAUAGAUCUGCAGUACAAGUUCGCCCCAGAUCUUAUCAUGCUUGAUGCAUAUGAGACAGUUGAGUCAUGGAUGGUCACAAACAACCUAAACCCAAGAAGGCUGAUUCCUGCAAUGAUGCGUUAUUCAAGUGAACCUCAUGCAAAGUAAUUAAUACCUAAUAGGCUUUAUUA